AUGGCAGAAGUGGAAAGGAGUUGGAGGUCCCCCACACAUGCGUCCGGCAUUAGCAUGAUGGGGAGCAACAAAUCUGGCAAUGGUAAUGGCAAUGCAAAGGAUACUAUCUCACCAAGCAAGAGGACUAGAUCUAAUUCUAAAAGUAGUGGACAUGGUCAUAAGCGGUCAAGUAGUGUCAAUAAGAAGGAGACUGAGAACAAAACUAAGACGGAUCAAGAACCACUGAGUAUACCUGUAACGCCAAGGAACAAAUAUACGCAUAUUAUCAUUUUGAAAUCAUUGAAUGAAACCUUCGAGACUAAAUUUUUAGUAGUACCAUUUAAACCAGAGAGUUUAAAAUUGGGAAGACCCGUGGUGAGUUCUAAUGGUGGUAAUUCUCAAAGUUUUGGUGGUAUGGGGAGUGUCAAUGGUGGUAAUAAGCAAGAUUCUCAACAUGUGCCUCAAGUGAGGCCUGAUAAUGGUCAUUUUGAUUCCCGGGUGCUUUCAAGAAACCAUGCUGCAUUAAGUUGUGAUCCAAAUACGGGGAAUAUUUACAUCCGUGAUUUGAAAUCAAGCAAUGGUACGUUUGUUAAUGGCAGCAGGAUUGAUCAGAAUGAUGUUGAGUUAAAAGUAGGAGAUGUAAUUGAUCUGGGGACUGAUAUCGAUAGUAAAUUUGAACAUAGGAAGAUUAGUGCAUUCGUAGAGGAUAUUUCAGUGAUACCAUUGAUCAACGAUUCCGACCAAAGUACUAGUUUUCUCAAUGGAAUUACAAAAAAUCAGAGUGAGAAAAUGGCUGGCACAGCUUCUGCUCUAAAACAGAUUAAUGGAGUUCGUGGCACUAAUGCUGAAGCCCAAUCGAUGACGGCUCAGCGAGCUGCAUUUGAAGCCGCCAUGUUUGGUGACGUUAACAAUUUGGAUUUAGAAGAUACCGUAUUAGGAUCAGAGACAGAAAUCCUGAGUGGGAUUUUCAUCAAUAAUUCCAUUGGUACAAGUCCUAAUCUAAUAAACGUUGUGAAAACUUUAGCUACUGAGAUAUCAUUGGAAAAACAUGAAUUUACCAAACUAAAAUCGAUGGAAAGCUUUUUAAUGAACUACAUUACCAAUUUAGACUAUGUGAAUCGACUUAUGGUGGAAAAAAAUGAUAAACAAUUAGUUAAACUACAGAAUGCUCUAAGGCAGAAAUUAACUGAGAAGCAGGAAUCCAUUUCAAAAGAACAUAAAUCCCAAGUAGAUAAAUUUGAAAAGGAAAAUAAGACUUUAAAAUUGUCAUUCCAAACCAAAGAAAAGGAAAAAGAUAUGCAUAUUAAAAAAUUAGAAAGGGAAUUAGAAGAUUUACGAACGAGGUUAGAAGUGGAAAAAUAUAGAAACUCACAACUUGCCAAGAAUGCCGCCCUUGCAGAGCAACAGUCUUCAAAUGUAGAGCCUACCACCGAUGAGACAUCAACCACAGAAACUAGCGACACAGCAAAAGCCGAUAAACCAACGAGGAGCAGCAAUAGAAAAUUCAGCAGUAGAAAUGUAUUCUUCGUAAGUGCUAUUUCAAUUGGGUUUGUCGCUUUCGCUAUGAGGUUUUCAUCAGAGCAUUAA